GCAACGGUCGCCGCCCCGGCCGCCGACGGAAAAGCUCCCAGCCCUUUUGAUUUAUCCUCAAACCGACCAACAUUCCUUUUCCACCACUGAAUCAUGCAAUUCUGAAUUCAUAUUAAUAAGUUUACAUUCUCUUUACAAGCUGUAAUAACAUAUUUUUAUUUCAACAUUCGCCUUACUCUUUUUAGUGAAAUACAAGGUAAAUGACCUGGAAUCUCGACGAAUCAACUAACGCAGAAUAUUCAUAAAUAAGAUUUCAAGAUUCAUAGUCGAGGUCUCAUUUGCAUUUAGAAGUAUAAGUUCUUAUCUCUAUAACUGAUACUAUUUAUAAGCUUAACACAAUUUCGGUAUUGCAUUGAACAGGUAAAUAGACGCUUUAAAUUUAUAAUUUAUGCAGGCUUUGUAAGUAGAGUACACACAAUUUGUUACACAAUAUGGUUUUGUUUACCUACUAAAACUGAUUCAGUAUGACGGAUCGUACGAUAUAUUAUAAUUAUAUAAGACAGUCGUCCCCGUACGCAUAAGAGUAACAUUUGCUUAUAUUUCACAUUAUUCCGUACAAUAAAAGUUAACCCAAUCUAAUAUUAUAAUCGUCCUGAGCAUACCUUAAACUAGAUCUUUCUCCGAAACCCGGUUAUUCUAAGACCAUGAUUUUACGUAAUAAAUUGGUAACAUUUUAAAACACUAACAUUGGACCAAGGGACUUAAUUUUUAAACUGUGAAUGGCAAUCGUCAUUAAAUGAAUUAAAAAUCAAGUUGUUCAAAAACUUCCCGACAACAACCCUGGAUAACCUAACCCGACAUAUCAUUCGUGAAGAUUUCAGCUGUGGUAGAUCAUGAUAGCUAGACUGAGAAUACAGUCUCAUGUCAGGCCAACGGACAGGCGAACGGACAGGCAAUGGACCUUUAGUAAUGGGUUACCGUCGCCUUCGAGUACCUAGUAGUAGGUGAUAGAUUUGAAUUAGAACUCUUUUAUCUGCAAACCUCCUUUCUUCAAAAUCAAAUAUUCCAUUACCAAAAAAAAUAUAAAAAUUAGGCAGACGUAUUCAACUGACAAAGUUAUUGACGUAUCUUUCAUAACUUUACACUUAAAACAAAUCAAAUCAAAUAUCUUUAUUUGUUCAGAGUACAUAAUAAGUACAGUAUACUAUUUCUUAACAUAUAAUCGUAAUCAUGAACAAGCGGGAAGGGAUACUGUUUUUAUUUAGUAUUGUUAGAGAAAUUCGAAAUUCCUUUGAGAACCCAGUUAUUUUUUUUACUCAAAAAGAUUAUGGCGAAACAAUUUAUACAGCUCUUACAGAUAUUCGUGAGGCCUUACUAGUAAAAGCACCGCCCGAUAAAGUAUCGGCAAUCGUUAACUCAUUUCAUCAUCAAUGGUUAGAAGCUGUCCAGGAAAUUGAAAAGUUCAAAAAACGGAUCAAAGAAACUCCACGGGACGUUGUUCUUAAUGCAAUCGAUUUUACCAAACAGUGCGCGACCAAGAGAUAUAAACUCUUGCAGAAAUAUAUCGAAGAUCUUAAAACAAUCGUGGCUGAAGAGGAGUACAAUAUGUUGACAUUAGAUAUUAAGAUUGUGGACGAAAUGAAGGAUAUAGUGUGCAGUGCUUUGUCGGAAAAAAAGAAAUACAUUCGUUCACAGGCUGAUCAAACAGAAUAUCACGUCAAAAUUCAAGAUGAAAUAGAGGAACUUCUGAUAUGGUUGGACAGGCAAAACGAUAACCUAGCGAUAACGUUCUGUAAAGUUCUUAAUCUGAAAGUCCCGGUUGCACCAACUGACCUCACAAAAACAUUAAAACAAGUUAUCGAGGAAGUAGCUGCUGAUCCUACUCCAGAAGCCCAAAGAGUAGCUGAACUUAUUAAUAAAAAGGGUAAAAUGUUGACCUCAACAAUACGAAUUAGUUCAUUGAACGAUCUAGAAAUUUCAAAAGUCAUCGAGAAAAUUCAAUCUCUGGAAGAACGUAUCGAACGCUUAGAGGAUCAAAAUUCCUCUGCAGUAAUGGCAUUAAGGCACAAAGCAUUGUAUUUAGAAGAACGAUUACUGUCUCUCGAAAAUAUAAGGUCAUCAGUUAAACGUCUUAAAGCUCUACCAUCUUCCGCAUCGGCACUAAGUUUAUCAGAGGCUCGAGACGUGCAUAUCUUUAACCAUUUACUGCCACAUCAUGAUCGCUGUCGACUCGUAGAACAGCUCAUACAGCUUUGGAGUAGUGCUAUUUUAGAACAUGACCACGAAUCUAUUAUCUCAAUAUUGAGUGUUGUUGAUCUUAAAGAGAUAUUUUCUGACGAAAAAGGAUGUUUCACUGUUGAUAGAUAUGGACGAAAGAUAUAUACCAAAGCAGACGAUGAAGUCAAAUACCAAUUAGAUGAACAUAAUGAAUUAGUACCAGUUAGAGAUGAUGAUAGACAUGUUUAUUUCUACGACUCCUGCGGUAGGUAUUAUAUUAAUGAUACUAGAGAACGAGUGUAUAAGGAUCAUGAAGGUGCAAGUGAGUAUAUACUCAAUAAAAGCGGCUACUUAGUAAAAGUGCUAGAAAAAGUCGACGGAACUGAAUACUACUACGAUUGGUUAGGUCGAUAUCGUAUUGACGAAAAAGGUCGCCACAUUUAUUGCGAAGAAAAGUCGACGGAAGAGUAUGAACAUGAUGGGUUAGGUAAUCUCGUCAAAAUUCAUAGUGAUACAUUUUGUUAUAAGCCAUGCCCUAUAGAACCUAUUACAACUGAAGAAAAUAAAUAUCUGCAAGCGGAAGUUGGCUCAGCUUUAAAGGAAUGUAUAGCAGCUGUAGUUUUACACCAACCAAAUGAUCCUGUUAUAUAUUUAUCUGAAAGGUUAGAGAAGUAUCAUUAUAAUAUUAAAGAUCGUCAAGACCGCCUGAUUCAAGAACAAGAAAGAUUGCAGAUUCAACAAUACAUUCAAAGUCAGGCUCCUAAACAUACCACGCCCGAACAUUCUGACACAGAAGAUGAAAGCGCUACAGUUGUAGACUCCAAUUUCUUAGAGUAUGAACAUAAAACGGAAGAUGAAAUUGAAUUUUAAAUGGAUUUUUUACUUUCUAAUUUUUAAAAUCAUUAAUCUUUGAUCACUACAAAAUCUACUCUAAACUUAAUAUUAUUAUUGAUAAAAAUCAUGAAAACUUAUUUACUUCUUUUACG